GGCUGCUAUUUGGGUUCAAACCUAACGUGAGACUCACAUCGGCUCGAGAUAACCUUUAUUAAUGCGUGCACAUUUCACAUGAGGGUAACUUAACUCGUAACUCGUGCCUAACGCCACGUUAUUACAGCUGUUUAUGGUUCAGAGCGUGUUACUGAACGAUUCCACUCUAUACUUUGGAGCCAUGGGCGUGUUGCGUGUGCUUUCACUCACCAUGGCGAGAAUUGGUACCUUCAGACCUCAUCAGCUUGCUCUGCUCCUUGCUGCAGCCCUGGCAGUGAUGGCUUUUUACUAUUUAGGUUCAGAAAAACAGAACUUCUCCACCACCACUAAGCGAAUGAAGGAGACUCAGGCGAGUCACAACUCCAACCGCAAUGACGCUGACCUGUCUGUGGACAUCAGCUCUUCAGGAAGAAGACAGAGUUACCAUGCUCUCAUGAUGUUCACCAAGGUUAACACAAGUCGGACGAUGCAGAGCAAGUUUGAGGUGGCCAUGCGCUCCAUGGCGAGACAUGGCCGUUUCCGGGAGGAUGAAACACUGGUUCUUCAUCAUGUCUGUGAUGGAGGCAGUAAGGAUCUGGCCAUGAAGAUGCUUCCUGAGCUGAUGCGUGAGGCCAUCUUUCAGUAUGAGGUGGUGUUUCAUGACGUUAACGGUCUGACGGAGAAACUGUUCCCUAUUGUGGAGGCCAUGCAGAAGCACUUCAGUGCAGGCUCUGGGGCAUAUUACAGUGAUGCCAUCUUCUUUCUUUCUGUGGCCAUGCAUCGCAUUAUGCCUACAGAGAUGAAGCGUAUCGUGCAGCUGGACCUGGAUCUCAAAUACAGGACGAACAUUCGAGACCUGUUCCAACAGUUCAGACACUUUCCUCCAGAAGCAGUGAUUGGGAUCGUCAGAGAGAUGCAGCCAGUGUACAGACACACCUUCUGGCAGUAUCGCAAGGAAAACCACAAGUCCCGCGUAGGUGAUCCUCCUCCUGACGGCCUGCCCGGCUUCAACAGCGGUGUGAUGCUGCUAAAUCUGGAGACCAUGCGGCGCUCUGCGCUCUACAACCGCCUGCUUGAGCCUGAACGCGUUGCCCACCUCACCGAGAAAUAUCACUUCCGCGGCCACCUGGGCGAUCAGGACUUCUUCACCAUGAUAGGCAUGGAGCAUCCGGAGCUCUUCCACCACCUCGACUGCGGCUGGAACCGACAGCUGUGCACCUGGUGGAGGGACCACGGCUACAGUGACGUUUUUCAGCUGUAUUUCCGCUGCGAAGGACCCGUGCACAUUUACCACGGAAACUGCAACACUCCGAUACCAGAUGACUGAGUGCUACAGGAAGCGUUCAAACCGUCUGAGGGAAUUCUGCUCUGCUACGUAUAAGGUUCUGUGGUGUUAGACCAGUAGAAUGCGAACACACGCUCAAGCUUUAAAUAGAGAAUUUUGUUAUUCACUAAGAUAAAUGGUUUCACACGGAUCAAUUGGUUAGCCAAAUGAAUCAUUUAACCAGACGGUACUAUUUUAUGUACAUUGCUUGCAGCCAGAUUGCUGUGUCUCCUGCAUUCCAGCAUAAACAGUGUAACAUCGCUUUAAAUCUAAACCUGCUGCAGCGUCUAAUGAAGCUUCGGUUAUUUUCAAAUGCCAGGGCAAGGAGCGAUCGUUUCUCUUUGUGUUCUGCUCCAGGAAGAUGCAAGUGGAGGUCCUGAACCGUGGCAUAGCACACUGACUUCUCCAUACAGUGCCAGCACUCACAAUAUCUCUUCACGUUACCGGCACCGAGAGCCAGGUUUUGCAUUUCGGUCCUGACCGCAAUAUAAUAGCACCCCAGCAGCUGCUUUAGAGCAGAGCAGCAACCCGACUGCAGUGAUGCUGUUUCAAGGAAGGAUUCAUGACUGAAGUGCUAAAGCAUGUUGACCUGAUUUUCAUGCUGAGAUCCUGAUACAGUAGUCAGCUUCAAGCUUUCUCCUGCACCAUGUGACUUCAUACCUGCUUAUUAAACAUGAGAAAGAAUCAGUUGUUUUUAAGACAUGGCAGACAUUGGUGUAUGGCUAGUUGCCCAGAAAAAGCCAUUGUUUCUUAGCUGCACCAACAUGCCCCAUGGGUGGGAAAUGGGAUUCCAGAUAUUCCAGCAAGAUUCACUUCACCAUUCAGAACCAGGAACUGACGUUCUUAGCAAGGAAGGGUUCUGCAGACUGAUGUAAGGAUCCACUAAAUUCAGAUAUGAUACCAUAUGAUAGUUUAAAUAUUCAGCAUAAGUGCAGUAAGCGGCAUUUAUUUAUGCCACUGUGUUGAUUUGAACCAUUCAGAUACUUAGCGGGAUAUCAGGGGGUUGCCAGGUGUCAGAAAAAUGUCCACUUCCUGCUACACUGAAAAUAAAAUACUGAAAAAGACCUGAAAUUGUGGCAAAAGUUUGGGCAAGACUUAAUUGCCAACUUAUUUCAAAACCAUUGCAAUUUACUUAAAUAAAUAAAUAUAUGUGAAACUCUUAACCCUGUUGUGACUCAACAGGAUAUGUCUGAAUUCACACAGGUUUCUGUAACUUAUUUUUGCAUCAUCUGCACUCCUCUGUGAGGCUCAUCUGCAGAUAUGAAACUUCCUGCUGAUUUCCUUAUUUCCAGGAUUAAAUCUGCCUGGAGGUAUAUGAGAGAGAGAGACAGAGACAGAGACACAAACCGAGAGAUUGUGUGUGUGUGUGUGUGUGUGUGUGUGAGAUAUAUAGCCUGUAUAAAGGCUAUUAUUUAACAGCUUGUUUACUUUAUUAUGCAGUUUGGUGAACGUGUCCCAGCUACAUAUCAAAUCCAGAUCAUUAAUAAUUCGAUGCUUUACAAUAUAAAAGUUCAGGACUAAAUUAAU